AUGGCUUGAAUCUCAAAUAAUUAUUAGAGCACACAGUGUUCAAUUUACAGAAUUCUUCUUUAGGUAGCAAAAAAAAUUGGACAAUUUUUUUCCAUUUAA